AUGGGAGCUUAUGGAAAUAUGCCUGCAGAACCCGAAAAAUCAUAUGGACCUGUAUUUUAUGAAAUGGUUGCGAACGCUUGCAAUACAAACAAUGAUAUGAUAGGAUUUAAUGAAGAUGUUAUGAGGUCAUUGGUGGAUGAUGGUAGUGUGGAACAUAAAUGGGAUAGCUAUGACAACACACAUUUCUUAUGUGGUUUUCCAACAGAAGUGGACUUUUGCUUCCAGCAAGGUCAAACAUCUACUGCUCCAAUAACAUACAAAUUGUCUGUUAAAGGACCUAUUGAACUAGCAACUGAAAAUGUACCAAAGCCACUUAUUGGAUUUAUGAGGGAUUGUUGCUUUGCCAUUCAGGUGCGUGCUAAUGGAAUCCCCAUAAUAAGAUUAGAUGACUAUAACUUAGCCGCGGACGACAGUGAGGAAUAA